AUGGAAAGCGCUCCGGUUGAAAUUUUCAAAGAAGAAAACAAGUGCCUCUCCACGCUGGUGGAGGACUGUCCAGUCAAUUCCUCAGCGUGGAUGUCCGGAUACUCUGAGAGCCGCAAUGUGACCCACGAUGAUAGCUGGGAGCAGGAGAGCAUGUCUCCCAUCAUCCCCAUCAUCACUGCAGUCUACUCCGUGGUGUUUGUGGUCGGUUUACUGGGCAACUGCCUCGUCAUGUAUGUCAUCAUCAGGUACACAAAGAUGAAGACGGCCACCAACAUUUACAUUUUCAACCUAGCCCUCGCUGAUGCCCUCGUCACCACCACAAUGCCCUUCCAGAGCACGGACUACCUGCUGAAUACCUGGCCCUUUGGUGAGGUGGUUUGCAAGGUCUUCAUCUCUAUCGACUACUACAACAUGUUCACUAGUAUCUUCACUCUCACCAUGAUGAGUGUGGAUCGCUACGUGGCUGUGUGCCACCCGGUGAAAGCCCUGGACUUCCGCACUCCGAUCAAAGCCAAGAUGAUCAAUGUGUGCAUCUGGAUCCUGUCCUCAGCCGCAGGGAUACCUGCUUUUAUUCUGGGUGGCACCCAGACAAACAGCGACAUAACUGAGUGUGCCUUACAGUUCCCAGAGCCGUACGUGUACUGGGACACACUGAUGAAGAUAUGUGUGUUUGUCUUUGCCUUCGUUGUGCCUGUGCUCAUCAUCACCGUGUGCUACUCCCUCAUGGUCCUGAGGCUGAAGAGUGUCCGAAUGUUGUCCGGCUCCCGGGAGAAGGAUCGCAACCUGCGCCGGAUCACCAGACUUGUAGUGGUGGUGGUGGCUGUGUUCGUGGUCUGCUGGACGCCCAUCCACAUCUUCAUCCUGGUCAAGGCGCUCGUGAGUGUGCCCGAAACCACCGCCAUCAUGGCCGCCUACUUCUUCUGCGUGGCUCUGGGCUACACCAACAGCAGCCUCAACCCUGUGCUCUAUGCCUUUCUGGAUGAGAACUUCAAACGGUGCUUCAAAGACUUCUGCCUCUCAGCCAAACUGAAAGGUGAGAAGGUGUCAGGGAGCAAAAAGGCCCCCAGCACUGUGCGGGAGGCCGCUGUUCCCCUGGAGAACCCAGACGGGACUAGUAAGCCAACAUGA